AAAUUUCAUUUUCAUUUAGGCCUAUGAAUGAAACGUGUACAGAUAACCAGGUAGGCUGAAAUCUAGUCACAUCAAGGAGAUAUAUAAAUUCCUCAUUGAUCGAAUCUCAUCUUCAUUUAUAUAAUUUAAUGAAUCGUGGCCGAUACGCACGAGAUACAAUGGGUAAUCGUCGCUGCAUAUUUCCCAUGCUAAGCAAGAUGACGAAUCUGUUACAGAAGGCAAGGAAGAAAACAUUGAGCAAUCAGGACUUAGAAGAAUACUCACUGGGAAAGGACUAUGCCCGUAAGGACGCAUCUAGUAUGUUUUUUUUUCCUAGGCUGGAAACCUUAUGGAAACAAGCAUGUUUUCAACAGGUUGAGGGCGCUUCUUUCCUCCAUGCAUGUUUUCUCUUUAUUCGUCGACAGUUCAUUUUUAGUUGUAUUUUGUCAACUUUUGCUGAAAUAGUUGGUCGAAUUGGUGGGGUCAUGGUCAUUUGUGAGACACUGAAAUAUGUCGAAAAACAGGAUUGGGAUGUUCACAAAGGUCUCAUGCUCACGUUCCUACUCGUUGCAGUUGUAGUAAUACGUGUAUUUGUUCUUAAUAACGUGCUAUAUGCAAAUUCAAAAGUUGCGGUGCGUCUUCGGACUGCGAUUCUUAUUUUGUUCUACAAACAUAUUUCCAAGAUGAAGUCAACAGUUGUUUCAGUUGGAGAGGUCGUGAAUAUUCUAACGAACGAUGGUGCUAGAAUAUAUGAUGCGGUCUUGAAUUGUCACGUGAUCUGUCGAACAAUGCUUGUUUUGCUUGCAGUGCUAACAUUCAUCAUACGUCUUAUUGGUGUUACGGCACUUGGGGGCGUCCUAGCCCUGCUCACGGUGAUUAUUUCUCAGAGCAUUGCUGCUAAAAUACUAACGAAACAACGAAGUAAAUAUUCCAAAAUUUCUGCUGAACGUGUGAAGAUAAUGAACGAGAUUUUGACUUACGCUAAACUCAUCAAAAUGUACGUUUGGGAAAAGUCAUUUGCGGCAAAGAUUAAAGAAAUUCGCAAACGAGAGCUGAAUCAGUUAGAGAAAGUUAAUUUCCUCCAUGGGUUAACUUUGACUUUUGUUUAUGCUGCCAAUCCGUCGGCUAUGGUUACGAUAAUGCUUACCAUAGUGUUUACAGGACGUGAAAUUUCAGUGCCUGAGUUGUUUGGAUUACUGGUCUGCUUCACAACUCUUGCAAACAUUGUUCACAGUCUGCCGAUAGUACUGAAACCCACCGUGGAGGCACUGGUGGCGAUUAAGCGAAUACAGAAAAUAUUACAAAUUCAGGACCAACCGUUUACCUACGAAGUUCCACAGAAAUCCGAAAAUGCAGUUGAAGUUUCAAAUGCCUCGUUUUCAUGGAGGAUGUCAGAAUUAGAUGGGUCCAAUGUUAUUGGGUAUGGCCAUAUCGACGCUGUGGCGGACUCAGUUGUGUCACCAGAUGUGAACGAGGAAAGUAUGUUGAAUAGUAGAAAUCAGCAUUCGGAUAAACUGGUACUCUGUGAUAUGAAUAUCGAAAUCCCAAAGUCUUCACUGGUUGGAAUAUGCGGGGCAAUAGGAAGCGGGAAGACUUCUUUCUUAAACGCCCUCUUAGGACAGUUGCCUAUGGUCAGUGGUCGCGUGGCUGUCGCCGGGCGUUUCUCGUAUGUACCACAGCAAGCCUGGAUCAUGAAUGCAACAGUUCGAGAAAAUAUCAUAUUUAACGAAGACUUUGAUCCAGUCAGGUAUGCUGAAAUCAUUGAAGCGUGCAGUCUGACAGAAGACUUAGCGGUUCUUGAACAGGGUGACAAUACAGAGAUUGGUGAAAGGGGUAUAAAUCUUAGUGGCGGUCAGAAACAGCGAGUAAACCUUGCGAGGGCGCUAUAUUCUGGUGGAGAUAUCUUUCUUUUAGAUGACCCACUAAGCGCUGUUGAUGCCCAUGUCGGAAAGCACAUCUUUCACCGUUGUAUACGAGAGUUGAUGAAAGACAAAACAGUCAUCUUCGUCACUCAUCAUCUACAAUACCUUCAGUACUGUGAUGACAUUUACCUUUUACGGUCCGGUCGAAUUUAUGAGAACGGUUCACACAACGUGUUAAUGGAAAAGGAUACAGAAUACAGAACGCUAAUUAAAACACAUUAUAAUAAAAAUCUGAAAACACCCACGAAGGAGGAAGAACAUUCGAUAAAUCAUGACACAUUAACCAAACAACCAGACGAACAAAAAUAUGAUGAUACUAUAAAAAGCAAUAAUAUGGAUAUACCUGCAGAAAGUGGUAAACUGAUUCGAAAAGAAGACGCAGGGAUAGGGGCUGGCAAAUUCUCCUACCUGUGGAAAUACAUCAAAUACACUGGAGGAGUGCCGACGCUAAUCGUGUUCAUCUUUCUUAGUAUAUUUGCGUCAUCAACAACGCUUGCUGUCAAUUUAACGUUGACAUUGUGGAUUGAUGCAGGUGCUGGUAGUUUCAACACUAGUGGAACGGAUUACCAUAGCAACGACAUCCGACUCAAUCCUGACUUCCCAAAAUAUGUUACUGCUUAUGCUCUAGUUUUCGUUGCGAUAUUCGUUUUUGGAACAGCAAGCACUUUCUUUAAUAUUAAGAUAUUUCGUAAAGCAUCGGGUAGAAUUCACAACAAAAUGUUUAACAAAUUGAUUCUUGCAAAGAUGCAAUUUUUUGAUACAACGCCAAUCGGACGAAUAUUGAAUAGAUUUUCGAAGGAUAUGGAUGACAGUAAGUAACGUAUAAUAACAUUAAAAUACAUUAAUUAAUUACAUGUAAAAAACCAAGGAAACAUUUCCUUAUUUCCCUCUUUUUCUUCAAUCUGAUUCUGGAAAUUGUUUGUUUGCUUUUAUUGGUUUCUCCACACACAACAUAAAUAGUACAAUGUAUUGAAACUUAACUAACAUUACAAAAGUAGAUAAGAAGAAAAAAAUAUAUAUAUAUACAUAUAUAUGCAUAUACAUAUGCAUAACUGUACAGUAUAAUAUACACAUACAUACAC